AUGGGCAUGAUUGGGGGCUACAUACUGCCCGAGAGCAGUGUCCACGAUUUCUGGGUGAAGAGGUGGGGUGAGCAGCACCUCCAGGAUACCCCGGCGGAUGAGGAGCCCGGCGCGUAUGACGAUGUCUCGCACGACAUCAGACUCACCGCGUUGCACCAGGCUCCUCGGCAAGCAGGCGAAACCGCCGUGAUCAUCACAGCGUGGGAGGAUCAGAAGAGACACUUCCGUCGCAUCCUCGAAGACAAAGCGCAGGAGCAGCUUCGGGACACAUUCGUGCAGGCUGCCAACGAGGCUGCUGGGCACGAUGUGUUUGCUGUGAAGGACCUUCAGUACUUCAGCAUGUCGGAGCAAUACCUUGUCCUUCCGCUUGCGAUGUGCUAUGACCGUCCGCGCGCGGCACGCGAAGUGCCGGUCAACAGCGCCCCCCAGAAUGUGCGGGCCCGCAGCCGUGCCCGUAAUGUGUCCCGGCACGGCUGA